AAAAAAGAUAUAUUCUCUGAAUGAGGUUUAAAGCACAGGUCACAAAGGAACUAAGAUGGAAACGCAUCCAUACGUGCUAAUUUUUUUGUUCCUUGAAACUGUGUUGGUUUCAGGUCUGUGUCCUAGUGCCGACUUCGUUGAAGAACCCACCAAGAAAAAGUGCUAUUAUUUCCCAAACGUUUUGACUAAUUGGUUUGAGGCGAAGGCGAUAUGUGAAAAGAAUGGCGCUAUUUUAGCCAAGGUAGAAGAUAACACCGACCAUAAUUUCUUGCAACAACACAUGCAGUUAAGUCGGUUUUAUUGGUUUGGUAUGAACGAUCACAAAACGGAAAAUUCGUUUGUGUGGACUGACAACACCCCAGUGACUGUCUAUCAGUGGCGAAACGACCAGCCCAAUGGCGGUUCGGUUCAAAACUGCGUAACGUAUGAUGGCGACAACUUGUGGCAGGACAAGGACUGCAGGAACCGCUACUACUCCGUGUGCGAACUCAGCACGUUCCGACAAGCCCUGUUCAAAGCAAUUGACACGAUCACCGACGUCAGUCUUUUGGCAAGUGUCCAAGUUCGGAGCACUCAGACAUGCGUCAUGCAGUGUCUGCAAACUAUCGCCUGUAUGUAUGCUGUUGUCGACAUGUCGGCAUCUUCAGAAAACUGUCGACUUCUGCAAAGAGAGGCAGGCGGCGUUGUUUUACUGCCACCGUCUCCAACGAUGUACUACUAUGAGUUUAUUUAUUAAUAGCUCAUUUUACCGCAUGGGCGUAUGGGGACUCUGGAGAGGUUGAUUUGCCCGAAAUUUUACCCAGAUAAAAACUGCCCGAAUUUCCCCCACUGUUUUGCCCGAAUUUGGGGGGGGGGGGGGGGGGGGGCAAUUGCCGUACGCUCAUGUUUUACCGGAUCAGGGCCCCGUUCUACAAAACGCAUAUGUCAGCUGUACAGUUACGGUGAUCUUAGGGCUAUGGUCGCUUUGUGAAACGCGGCCCAGGACGAGAGAGACUACUAAAGGAAACUUAAAAUAUGUUGUUUGUUUACAAAAAUAUAUAUUCGUGACAAUAGUCGUUUUUGGCAUUUCAUUCGAUAAAAGAACAAACAUAUUUAACCACUAUUUCAUAUCCUUUAUCCAAAUUAUAAAGGAAUUUAAAUAAAUUUUUCUUGAUGUAGUUUCUUUUGGUUGUCAGUAUAGAUUAUACAUUAUAGCUGCUUGAUUUUAACACAUUAAAACAUAUGCAUGUAUUUACAAAUGAACUGUAAUAUUUAUUUCGUUGAUUGGGAUACUUUGCUAAACAGUGAAAUGUUACACCUGGGCCCGUGCUUAUAAAACGUUUAGAGCCCAGACUCAAUCACUAAUGACGUCAUACGCAUACAAUUUGUAUGGCGUUGUCAUGGCAUUAGUGUCUCAGACUCUAAUAGAGUCUUGACUCUAGACUCUAAAAGUUUUAGAGGCACCAGGCCUGGUCUUAAAUAUUAAAAUUCAAAUUAGUGUUUUUCAUAUUUCAAUAUAUAUAUAUAUAUAUAUAUAUAUAUAGCUCAGUGAUCGCAACAGUGUAAA